AUGCACCAAUUCAUCUCAGACUUUUGCCCGCAAACAGCUUCUUAUAAUCAACCCCCAGGAUCUAUCGAAAACAUAGAGGCCGAAAUAAAUAGUGACAUCGACAGUCCAUUUAAUUUAAAAGAACUGACAAUAGCGAUUGAGUCAUGCAACAAAAAAUCUAGCCCUGGGUUAGACCAAAUAGACAACAUUAUGCUCAACAACACUCCAAACAACUAUAGAGCGCUGCUUUUACACACCAUAAAUGAUAUAAUUGCCAGCGGAAGGUUUCCACGAGAGUGGAAAGAAUUCCUGGUAAUGCUACUACCCAAAAAAGAAAAAAAUAAAUUCAGACCUAUCACAUUAGCUCCAUGUAUGCUAAAACUAGCCGAAAAACUCAUACAAACCCGAUUAAUCUACUACCUAGAGAGCAAUGCACUCUUACCCGAUUCUCAAAAUGGCUUCAGAAAAGCUAAGUCAUGCGCCACUAGUAUUGCUUAUCUAAUCGCUCAAAUACAUAAAGCUUUUAUAGAAAAUUCGCAUAUUAUUACAUUGCUGAUAGACAUUAAGUCUGCUUUCGACAUGGUCAAUCCGAAUAUGUUACAAAAUAUACUGGAAGAUCUUAAAAUACCAAUUAAAACAAGAACAUUCAUAUUCAACCUAAUGACAAACAGAAAUCUCUAUUUUAAAAUUAAUCACAAACUAGUGGGACCCUUCUACAGACACAUUGGAGUCCCCCAAGGCUGCGUUCUAAGCCCGACCCUCUACCUCAUUUAUGUUAUCUAUCUCAACCGACACAUUAAUCCUAAAAACAAUAUCAUACAAUUCGCAGACGACACAAUAAUAUUUACAAACAAUAAAUCUGUAGAAGAAGGCCUAGCUACAUUACAAAACAACACAAGUGAGAUUAUCAACUUUUUCCAAUCCAUAGGACUAGAUAUAGCUCCGAAUAAAACACAAUUGAUCAUCUUCUCCAACAAAAAUAUAGAUCCCAACAUAUCUAUCACCAUAAAUGGACAUAAAAUUAAAAAUGAACAAGCUGUUAAAUACCUUGGAGUAUGGCUCGACUCCAAACUAAACUGGAAUACACACGCACAAAAUCUUAUUGAAAAAAUACAAAAAACUAUAAAUAUUAUAAAAGUCUUGAGAACGACUUGGUGGGGAGGACAUCCUCAAGUACUCCUCAAUGUCUAUAAAGGUUUGGUUAGAAGCAUCACCGAUUAUAACUGUUUCUGUAUAAAUAUCAAGAAUCCAAAACUAAGAGAAAAAAUCAACAAGCUACAAUACAAAGCAAUCAGAUUGGCACUAGGAUAUAGAAACUCUACACCUAUCAAUGUCAUGCUGGCAGAAUCCAAAGAAGUCCCCAUAACAACCAGAACGGAGUACUUAGCAGACAAACUAGCGGUCAAGAUCAUAUCAAUAGAAUCAGAUAGACUUUCUAACAUGCUCUGCGAAUUAUUUGUCCUAGCAAGAAAUAAAAACAAAAUUUUCACCGUAAGCUCUUUCCCUUUAUUCAAAUCAUUUAUACACUACUUUUAUCACAGAGGUCACUUUAUCAAAAAAUUUAACUUACCACUUCCUUACCCAUACAAGCUUGAAACAAUGCUAAAUGACAAAGAGGACGAGAUCAUCUCAAUAAAAGAAGGUUCUAUCAUACAAAAAUCAGAAAACCCCAAUACUGCAUUUGAGGAGAUGUUUUAUAAUAACCCAUCCGAAGAAACGGUUGACUUUUUUACUGACGGUUCUAAAACAGAAGACAAAAAUCACACAGGAGCAGCAAUUUAUUCACCAUACAAUAAUCUCGAAAAAAAAUUCAAAUUCAACAAAAUUGCAUCCAUAUUUACAGCUGAAGCAUUUGCUAUUUUACAAACACUGAAAAUAGUACUAAACAAAAAUAUAAAAACUUCCAGAAUUUUUACUGAUUCCCAGUCAGUCCUACAAGCGAUUAAAUAUUUCUCCCCACUAAAAACAAAAAAUAUGUCUUAUCUUAUUCUAGACAUAAAAAACCUAUUAUACGAGAUUAUAAACAAAAAACUAAAACUGAAAAUUUACUGGAUACCCGCUCAUAAAAACAUUACAAAUAACGAAAUAGUAGACAAAUUAGCUAAAGAUGCCAUUACAACAGGUGAUCAAGUUGACCUAAAACUUCCAUACACUGAUAUGUUUGAAGAAAUCAAAAAAAAGGAACACAAAAGCUUCAGAAAAAAACUAGACCACGAAAAAACAUACAAGGGUAAACUAUACUUCGAAAAUUAUUAUGAAGAUACUCCAAAACCCUGGUUUUAUAAAACCAUUGCUAACAGAUAUCAUAUAACAACAAUUAACAGAAUUCGUUCAAACCACUACUCUCUAGCAGAGAGUCUAUUCAGGAAAAACCUAACCGACUCAGAAGAAUGCAAAUGCGGAUUCCUCACAGAAGAUUUAGAUCACGUUAUAAAUGAAUGCCCGCUCUAUAUUAAAGAGAGAGCAUCCCUACUUAAAAAAUUAAAAAAAAACAAAUCAACAAUUCCUUUAGACUUGAAAAAAACAUUUAAAAUGCCUAACAGCAUAGAAGCAAAAUUUCUAACAGAAUUUUUCAAAGCCUGUAAUUUAGCUUUAUAA